CAAAGGCUAAAGUUAUUUAGUUUGUCUCCUGUGGGCCUCUGUAAAGACAUGGUGAUCCAAAAUGGCCGCCUCAAUAGAGAGGACCUGCAGUUCAUGGAGGGCCCAGCCCUCCCUCAACAUUUCAAACUUUCAGGAGAUCUCUCAUGAAGAUGUUUCCACAAUCAGGGAAAUCCAUUGUCUUUGACAGCUUCCCAGACCCCACUGACACCUGGGAAAUAAUCGAAACCAUAGGGAAAGGGACGUACGGAAAAGUCUACAAGGUGCUGAAUAAUAUUGAUGGGAGCAAAGCAGCUGUGAAGAUACUGGACCCAAUUCAUGACAUCGAUGAGGAAAUUGAGGCCGAGUACAACAUCCUCAAAGCUCUCUCGGACCACUCCAAUGUUGUCAAGUUCUACGGGAUGUACUACAAGAAGGAUGUUAAAUGUGGAGAUCAACUGUGGCUCGUUCUGGAGCUCUGCAACGGAGGCUCGGUGACAGAUCUGGCCAAAGGCAUGCUGAGGAGAGGGGACAGGAUGGACGAAAGCAUCAUUGGCUACAUCCUGCACGAGGCCCUUAUGGGCCUCCAACACCUGCACACCAACAACACCAUCCACCGAGACAUCAAAGGCAACAACAUCCUGCUGACGACACAAGGGGGCGUCAAACUGGUGGACUUUGGUGUUUCAGCUCAGCUGACAAACACUCGCCUCAGGAGGAACACGUCUGUAGGAACGCCCUUCUGGAUGGCUCCAGAGGUCAUCGCCUGUGAGCAGCAGCUGGACUCAACCUACGACGCUCGCUGUGACGUUUGGUCUCUGGGCAUCACCGCCAUCGAGCUGGGAGAUGGAGACCCGCCUCUCUCUGACCUUCAUCCAAUGAGAGCGCUGUUUAAAAUACCCAGAAAUCCGCCGCCUACUCUCCUCCAGCCCGAGCUGUGGUCAGACAACUUUAAUGGCUUCAUCAGCAAAUGUCUGAUUAAAGACUUUGAGCUGAGACCAAACGUCAUAGAGCUUCUGCAGCACGAGUUCAUCAGGCAGACGGUGAGCAGAGAGAAGAUACUGCAGAAACAACUGAUUGAGCUCAUAGAUCUCAACCAGCAGACGGGGGCCAUUGAAAAGACGAGGCAUGAACGAAUCCACACCAAAAAAAAAACCCACAUGAAUUCUCAGGCCGAUCCACACGAGGUGGAAGACCUCGCCAUCCUCGAAGUGCUGGAUGAGAAUUCAGUCACAGAGCAGCUUAAGAGUCGAUAUGACAGAAAUCAAAUCUACACCUAUGUGGGAGACAUUCUCAUCGCAGUCAAUCCUUUCCAUAAGAUGGACAUUUACACUCCUCAGCACAGUAAGAUGUACAUAGCAGCUAAACGCACAGCUAACCCCCCUCACAUUUUUGCUGUGGCUGAUGUCUCCUACCAGUCCAUGGUGUCGUACAACACGGACCAGUGUGUCGUCAUCAGUGGAGAAAGUGGAGCAGGAAAGACGGAGAGCGCUCAUCUGUUGGUGCAGCAGCUGACCGUUCUGGGCAAGGCCAAUAACCGGACACUUCAGGAGAAGAUCCUGCUGGUCAACAACCUGGUGGAAGCCUUCGGGAACGCCUGCACUGCCAUCAACGACAACUCCAGCCGCUUCGGCAAAUACCUGGAAAUGAAGUUCACCGGCGGAGGAACGGUGGUGGGGGCGCAGAUAUCUGAGUAUCUGCUGGAAAAAUCCAGAGUCAUCCAUCAGGCUACAGGAGAGAAAAACUUCCACAUCUUCUACUACAUCUAUGCCGGCCUGGCUGACAGGAAGAAACUGGCUCACUACAAGCUCUCUGACAGCAAAACACCCAAGUAUCUGUGGAACGAACACAUUAAAUUAGGGCCUGACAUCGUCAGCAACAGCUUCUACAAGGAGCAGUUUGACGCAGUGGAGCAGUGUUUCAAAGUCAUCGGGUUCACCCUGGAGGAGCUGGGCAGUGUUUACAGUACCCUGGCCGCUGUCCUGAACUCUGGAGACAUCGAGUUCUCGGCUGUCGCCACGGAGCAUCAAACAGACAAAAGCAACAUCUCCAAUGUUCCUGUGCUAGAGAACGUGGCCUCACUGCUGCACAUCCGCACAGACGAGCUGCAGGAGGCGCUGACCUCCCACUGUGUGGUUGCCCGAGGUGAGACUAUUGUCAGGCCCAACACGGUGGAGAAGGCAGCGGAGGUGAGAGAUGCCAUGAGUAAAGCUCUGUACGGACGUCUCUUCAGCUGGAUCGUCAACCGCAUCAACUCCCUGCUGCGGCCUGACGGACACUUAGGGGAAGAAGAUAAGGGUUUGAACAUCGGCAUCUUGGACAUCUUUGGUUUUGAGAACUUCAAGAAGAACUCCUUCGAGCAGCUUUGCAUCAACAUCGCCAACGAGCAGAUCCAGUUCUACUUCAACCAGCACAUUUUUGCCUGGGAACAGGACGAGUACCUGAAUGAAGAGGUUGACGCUCGGAUGAUUGAGUACGAGGACAACAGGCCUCUCCUGGAUCUGUUCCUGCAGAAACCCAUGGGAAUGUUGUCCCUGCUGGAUGAAGAGAGUCGGUUUCCUCAGGCCACUGACCAGACACUCGUGGAGAAAUUUGAAAAUAAUCUGAAGACCAAAAGUUUCUGGAGACCAAAGAGAGUCGAUCUUGGAUUUGGAAUUCAUCACUAUGCUGGAAAGGUGAUUUACAAUACAGUUGGAUUCCUGGCCAAGAACAGAGACACACUUCCGGCCGACAUCAUCCUGCUGCUGAGAUCUUCAGAGAACGAGCUCAUCCGACGACUGGUCACUCAUCCUCUCACCAAAACAGGUAACUUGGCCCACACCAAGGGCAAAGGUGUCAACGCGAUGCGAGGCCCACGGACUCCGACACGCACCGUCCAGUUUGCCAAGAUGGGAGUUUUAAACCUGUACACGGCUUUUGGUAUCAGUGAGCAGGUAGAACAAGGAGAUGUUCCUUACCAUCCCAGAGAAACCACCAACAUGAGGACCCAGACCGUGGCCUCCUACUUCAGGUACUCGCUGAUGGACCUGCUGUCCAAGAUGGUGGCGGGACAGCCUCACUUUGUGCGCUGUAUCAAACCCAACAAUGACCGUCAAGCCAACAAGUUCGACCAGGAGAAGGUCCUGGUCCAGCUGAGGUACACCGGGGUCCUGGAGACGGCCAAGAUCAGACGACAGGGUUUCUCUCACCGCAUCCAGUUUGCCAACUUCAUAAAGAGAUACUACGUUGUUGCAUUUCCUGCACACGAAGAACCGGCUGUGGCUCCAGAAACCUGUGCUGCCAUACUGGAGAAAGCCAAGCUGGAGAACUGGGCCAUGGGCAAGACAAAAGUUUUCCUCAAAUACUACCACGUGGAACACCUGAACCUGAUGGUCCAACAGGCCACGCAGCGGGUCGUUUUGCUUCAGGCUUCUGUCCGAGCCUGGCUGGGUGCCAAACGGUACCGUCGGUUAUUGAAAGAGCGACAACAGAGUGCCUUAGUACUGCAGUCAGCUUAUAGGGGUCAUAAGGUUAGAAAGAGGUUCGCUGAUGACAAAAACAAGGCAAAGUUUGACGUCUUCAUCGUCCAGUUUCAGGCUGCAUGCAGAGGGUUUCUGGCGAGAAAAACCUACAAGGAGUUGGUAGAUGAAAAAAACAGGGCUGCGACCAAAAUUCAAGCUCGUUACAGAGGCCAUAAGGAGAGGAAAAGCUUCCAGAGGAAAAAGGAAGAGAACGAAAAAGCCAAAAAUGACCUAAAAGUGACGGAGGAACCAUCACCUGAACCUGAGAAAGGCGGCACCGAAAAUGAAUCUUCAUCAGGACUCAGAGCAGAGGAUGAGGAGGAGGAAGCCAAAGCUGCUGUGGUUCUCCAGAGCAACUACAGAGGCUACAAGGAGAGGAAAAAAUUCAAGGAGAGAAAAAAGACGAUGGCUGGAGCCGAACUAGAGAUACCGUCAAACACAGGAGAGGAAGAAGAAGAACCGGAACACAGAGGGCCAGAAGAUGAAGAGGAGCUAGGUGAAAAACAAGAAGAGAAUCAAAAGAAUGAAGGAAGUACCAUGAAAGAAGAGGAGAAUGAUGACAGUGAUCAUACUCUGGUGCCAGAAGAGGAGAAUCUUUCAAAGGUAGCCGAAGAGGCUGGAAAUGCAGAAGGAGGUGAAAAAGAAAAUGGACAGAACAAUCCUGCAGGAGAGGAGGACGUUGACUUAGAGGAGGAAACCAGAGCGGCCACUGUCCUUCAGAGUAACUUCAGAGGUCACAAAGAGAGAAAGAGGUUGCAGGAAGAAGGAAAAAUCCCUGCCCAGAAACAGGAACACCGUCCUAAUGGAGAGACAGAGGCUCUUAAUGCAGAUGAUGAAAAAGAAGAAACAGAAGAUACAGACGUUGAAGGUGCAGGUCAUGGUUCUUCAACAGACGCCAUUUCUGAAGAUCCAGAUGAGAACAAAGCAGCCGUGGUGCUCCAGAGUAACUUCCGUGGCCACAAGGAGCGCAAACGACUUGAGGAGGAAGGAAAGAUCCCAAAGAAAAGAAAGAAGGAUGAAGAGGGUGAACUUCUGGACAAAGGAGAAGAGAAACAAAUGGAAGAAUCAGAAGCAGCAAACCAGCAGGAUGCAUCUGCUGAGAACCUGGACGGACAGGAUGAAGAGAGAGCUGCCACUGUUCUCCAGAGUAACUUUAGAGGACACCAGGAGAGAAAGAAGCUGAAAGCUGAACGGGAAGCUCAGAAGGAGGUGAAGGAAGAUGUAGAAGAAGAAAACACAGAAAUGGAGGAAGAAGAGACGGCAGCUUUGGACGACGCUGAUGUAGAGAUUGAACGUCAAGACGACGAUGAGGCUGAGAGGGAGAGACUGGAAGAAGAACAGGCUGCAGUGAAGAUCCAGAGUAACUUCAGAGGCUACAAGGACAGGAAGAACCUGAAAGCCAAUCAGGAGACAGGACAGAGAGAAGCUGAGGAGCUGCACAGCUUCUCCAAAGAUAUCACGAAGUCCUCCCAGGACUUUGUGGCCCUGCAGCAGAAGCUGAAUGCUAUCAUCGAGGCACAUCAAUCGAACCCAGAGAACAACGGCAUGUUUGUCAGAGGGAAACCAAUCAGUCGCAGAGCGUCUCAGAAUCAACAAGCAGUUAACCAGAGAAUUUCCAGAGCUCCUCGUAGGAACCAGCAGCCAAAGACCCUGAACGCACCAGAGGACUCCACCUACUACAACAUGAUUCAUCGCUCCAUCCAGGACGACAGACGCAGGUCCAGGAAACGGGAUCCAGGUAAACUGCUGGACGUGAACGACCAGUACUACCAGGACCUGUACACCAACAGGUCUGAACACGGCAGCAGCAGCAGCAGCAUCAACAACAACCUCUCAGAGAGGAGAAGGUCCUCAGUCAGGAGAAGUUCUUCAGCCAGGAGGACAUCUGCAGAACUGAGGACCAGACAGAGGGCCGUCACCGAUCCAGAACCUCCCAAACCUGCCACGGACAACAGACGCUCUGUCCCCAGGAUGUCGUCCACUGACAGUCAGUCUGAGGACAAUCCCUACGACUACAGACACCUGCUGAGGAAGACGUCGCAGAGACAGAGGCUCAUCAAACAACACUGAGUAAAAGACUGAACUUUUAUUUUUUAAUUCAUUCACAGCAGCGUCAAACCAUCAACCCCUUUGGUUUUAUGCUAAAUUGUCCAUGUGGGCAACAACUGACCUAAAUGUGGGCCACUUGAGUCUGGAAGCCAUUUACUCUGAGUCAGAUAAACGUUGGCAGCACUUUUGUUUAUUGCCAGACAUGGCCCACUUUUGUAUGCUAGCAAAAUUGGUUUGGACCACAAACCAAUACCUUCACAUGGCCCACGUCUGUGGGCCACAUCAAGAGCCACAAACGCCAAAUAACCUGAACAACUACUGAACCAAGAACAUUUGCUCUAACGUGAAACUGAAGAGGGCAUUUGGCUAACGUGUGUCCCACAUUUUGUCUACCAGAUGUACACCAUAAAAUACCCAUAAUUCAUUGCUGCAAGGGCCAGUGAA